GCUGGGCAUAAAAAGUGCGGCUAGUACCCUACUACAGAAGUAGAACCCACACCACAGCUUCAUGUUCUCACAUUUGAUAAGGAACCAGACAGAACAAGGCUGUUCUACUUGCUGCCUCGGUGCAGGUGCCCAAUAUGGAGCCGUAAUAAUCUGUAGAGCCUGAGGCCAGUUCUCUUGCGCCGGUGCAGGCUUCAGAAGGGCCAAGUUCCUGCAGUGAGGACUAGAAGCAGAAGAACCAAAACUGCACCUUGGGCUCUGUGCAACACGAUUUUCUACUUUUUUUAAAAGCGAAAUAAAACGAACUUUCUACUCUUGCAGCCAGCUCAUUGUCUCUCCUCUCUCCCACCUCAAGCCUGUGCAUGAGAGGGUCCAUGCCAGGCAGCUUUCCCUCAUAGGAACCACCUGGGCGUGGCCCCCUCCCUAUAUGGCCUUUCUCACACUCACCAGAAUCAGGACUCAUCCUGCUGAUUCACAUAUUUUUGCCCUUUGUCAUAUAUGGAGAAAAAAGAAAGAUGAAUGGACGGUCUUUGGUCGAUGGCACUGGUGACGCCAGUCCUGGUCCUCUUUGGACAGACCCUUUUGGAAAUAACGCUGGUGAGGCAGACCAUGAAGGCUUCGUCCAGCUAAGUUUGGCCCUGACUGAUGGGCAACAAGAGCAGGAGCCAGAGGAAGAAGAAGCCAUGGAGGAUAAUCCGACAAUGGUUAAAUUAGACCCGACUGAAAGCCAAAUCUCAUCACAUCGAGGGAGAAGAUGUAUCCCCAAAGCACUUGGCUAUGUCACUGGUGAUAUGAAAGAAUUUGCCAGAUGGCUUAAAGACAAACCUGUGGUGCUCCAGUUCAUUGACUGGGUCCUUCGGGGUGUAUCCCAAGUGGUGUUCGUCAGCAACCCCAUCAGUGGGAUCCUGAUUGUGUUAGGACUGCUGGUCCAGAACCCAUGGUGGGCUCUCAAUGGCUGUGUGGGAACAGUGGUCUCCACUCUGACAGCACUCUUGCUCAGCCAGGACAGGUCAGCCAUAGCUGCUGGGCUCCACGGCUACAAUGCCACGCUGCUCGGGAUACUCAUGGCUGUCUUUUCAGACAAGGGAGACUAUUUCUGGUGGCUGUUAUUGCCAGUAUCUGUUAUGUCCAUGACUUGCCCCAUUUUCUCAAGCGCAUUAAGUUCGGUGUUCAGCAAGUGGGAUCUCCCUGUCUUCACUCUCCCUUUCAACAUGGCAUUGUCAAUGUACCUUUUGGCCACAGGACACUACAAUCUGUUCUUUCCGAGUCAACUGAUCACACCUGUAAGCAAGGUCCCCAACAUCACCUGGUCUGACCUCAGUGCCCUGGAGCUAUUGAAGUCCCUGCCAGUGGGGGUUGGUCAGAUAUACGGCUGUGAUGACCCAUGGACAGGGGGCAUUUUCCUGGUUGCCAUUGUGCUCUCCUCCCCAAUCAUGUGCCUGCAUGCUGCGAUUGGAUCAUUGCUGGGGGUAGUAGCAGGACUCAGUCUUGCAGCUCCCUUCAAGGACAUCUACUCUGGACUCUGGGGCUUCAACAGUUCCCUGGCCUGCAUUGCAAUUGGAGGAAUGUUCAUAGCGCUCACCUGGCAGGCCCACCUCCUGGCUCUUGCCUGUGCCCUGUUCACCGCCUGUCUUGGGGGCACCUUGACAAAUCUAAUGGCUUACGUUGGACUGCCAUCUUGUACCUGGCCUUUCUGCUUGGCCACACUGCUGUUCCUUUUGGUGACCACAACAAACUCCAAUAUCUACAAGAUACCCCUCAGUAAAGUUACCUAUUCUGAAGAGAACCGCAUCUUCUACCUACAAACCAAGAAAAGGAUGCUCGACAGUCCUUUGUGAGAGCAACCCCACCCCGGCCAUGGUCACAGCCAUUUCUGACAACUGGUUCAGCUGACUUGCAGGAGCUCAGCACACUUAUUCUUCACCAGAAACAACUUACAUAUAUAUUCUCAUCCAUCUGUUCUUUUCCUUUUUCUUUUUGACUCCAGAAAAAUCCUUGAGCCUAUGAGAGCCACAUCCAGGUGAUGUGCUCUGGUAUGGAAUUUUAAACCCCAGUAGGGGUUGGCACUAAGACUGUAAUGUAUUUAUAACAUUGAAAUGCUCCAACAGAAAGUAGUGAAAGUGGAGCUAAUCAUUGAUAUUUAUUGAUAUUUUUGGUGUAGAGUUAGCCAGGUGAAGUUAACAGUAUUAAAAAUUAAACUUUAUUAACUGGCUAAGCCUUAUGGAAUUCAUGGUCACAAAAGUAAAGUUAACCCAGAGUUCUCAGAUAUAAACAAUUUGGCUUUGUAAAAUCCAUGCAAGUGACAUGUUGCAGUUUUGGUCAACACCGCAGGGAUACAGGCUGAUCAUUGGAUCUCCAGUUCCCCCUCAGAGUAGCCUCCAUACUGCACAGUGUAUGUGUAUGUGUAUGUGUAUGUGUAUGUGUAUGUGUAUGUGUUUCUCUUACGAGAUAUGAUUGGUUGUUUUUCAGGCUGACAACUGCAGGAGGGAGAAAGGGGUUUUGUCAAUCAAAAUUAUUUGAUAUUGCCACUUUUCUCAGAAAUUGCAAAUAGUCUUUUCAGUAAGUUUUAUUAUUUUUCUUAAGAGAAAAUAAUUUGUUUUCAGUGAGGUAAAAUAACAGAAGUUCCUGGAUUAACCAGUCUUUGAACAUUAAAGAAAAUUUACAUAUUUAUGAAAAUAAUCAACAUAAUCAUUUAUGAAAUACUUGGCACAUUUUUAUUUUAAUCCUUACAUGAUUCUAUUAAAUAUACAAAAUCACUAUAAGCAGCCCUUUAAAGUCACAUUUUAAUUUAUUUGAGAAUAUCUUAUAAAGACUGGUCAUUAAAGUCAAAUUGCUUGUAGGUAUUACUUUUAGAAAUUGCUAGAUUUCCUUUGUAAAAACUUUUUAUUUUCUCUAUACUAAGAAUAUUCUUUCUCAGAAACCAUUGGUGUUUGAACUACCAAAAGAAAUACAGAUAAAUAAUUAUCCUGUUUUCCUUAUUUUAAAUAUAAAAGUUAUGAUUCCUGUAAAGGUCCUAUGAUCAAACAUGUUCACACCACCUUCCUCCUCCAUACAUUUCUAUUCAGCAUUUUCGAGGCUGGAAAAGUGGAACUUUGAAACAGGGCAGUAAAUAAACCUAAAAAUAUUUUAGGGAGAAGUUCCCUUCUUCCCCUUCUCAGAUACUGUUCCAAUUUUUAAAAACCUCUGACCAAAGCCUUUUGAAACCAUGAAAUUGCAACUGUCACAGAUUUAUGGGUAUUCCUGUGGAAAAACUGAAUUCUUAGUGUUUGAACUGAAAUCUUCCUUAUUAUGGAAUUUGUGAAAUAAGAGUUGGGGAAAAGGGGGGAAAAAAGCAAACAGGACCAAAGAUUCUCAGCAGUGAAGAAUCUGCAUGUAGCUGAGCAAAGCAGAGGCCUCAGACAUGAACCCAAGUUGACCUUCAGAACCAAGCUCUGCUAUGUUCAUGGCAGCACCUUCUCCCCAUAGGCUCACACAGAUCCACAAACAGGAAUAUUUUAAAGCCUUGUGCGUUGUCUUAUUGAAGUGAUAUUAAUUUUCUCAAGCUAUUUUUGUUACUGAGUAUUAUCCUAAAAAUCAAGUGAGAAUUCUUAGGAACACAUGUAUUUAUUUUACUACUGUCUGUAAUAACAAAUUCCUGUGUAGGCAUAUGAAUAAACUAUAUUCACAGAUCA